CUCAAAAUGGAAAUUGGGAGAUAUCCCUAAAGUUUAGAUUAUUUUAUUAGAAAUUAAUGUAAAUAUGUUAUAGUGAAUCCCAAUCUACUCAUUUCAAGGCCUUUAAAAUGUCUUCAGAGAGGGUAGAAUGGGUGGAGAUUAUAGAACCGAAGACAAAGGAACAUAUGUAUGCUAACCUUACCACAGGAGAAUGUGUAUGGGAUCCACCUGAGGGUGUAAAAGUAAAAAGAACAGAUUCAUCACAAUGGUGGGAGUUGUUUGAUAUAAAUACUCAUAGAUUCUACUAUUACAAUGCAUCUACUCAGACAACUGUGUGGCAUAGGCCAACCGAUUGUGAUAUUAUACCUCUAGCCAAACUGCAGACUUUAAAACAAAACACAGAUCCACAGAAGAGGAGAGAGACAGCCACACAGACUAACCAGGCUGUACCACAGAUACCAUCGAGCCUUGAGCCAAUAAGUAGUAACGGGAACAGUACGGAGGCAAGCGCCAGCAAGCUCUCACCAAGUAAUGCUAAGAAUGUUACCAUACCACAAACCAGCCCCAUCCGCACCCGGAGGUCUCAUUAUCAUCACAGCAGGAACAGCGGUGAGAGUCGGCGUGGGCGGUUGAGCGAGGACGGUACCACGCAACUGUGUAGACAUACAGACUCUGGCCGCUCGUCAGACAGCAGCAUCAGCAGCGCGCAGCAGCGACGGAAACAGGAGCUGAGCGCUGCAGCCAGUAGUGUGCCAACAUGUACGCCGCAGCUGAGGAAGAGGAGCAGCGUACAGGCCGCGCCGCCGCACGAGCCAGAGAAAUGGUCGCCACACUCAGGAAUAAAUCGCAGUGGAAGUUUUAUAUCGCCUCGGAAAGAUGCGUCCGAUGACUCCAUGCACGAAAAAUAUUUUAAGUCGGUUGAGAGUACGCCACUUACUAGGAGAAAGUUAAAACAACAGUCGGGCGGAUCGUCAUGCGAGUCGGCGUCGCCGCAGAGCCCCGGCAGCCCGCUGCAGAAGCCGCAACCCACGCUGUUCCUACAGACGAGCGCGGCGCGUCCAUCUCUCGUGUCCUCCAUAUCGCUGGCGACGGAGUCUGCGGGCGCGGGGGGCGGGGCGAGCGGCGCGCUGGGCGGAGCCAGCGGUGCGGGCGCGCGCGUCAUGCACAGCCUCGAGCGCCCGCACCAUCUGUCCAGGCAUGCGAGAGAGCGGUAUUCUGAUAGGCACUUAGACAAAGAUCGACUAGCGGAGUUGGACCGCAUAGAGCGGUAUCCGGAGAAGCAGGCGGUGUACAGCGCGGACAAGCCGUUCCGUCAGACCAGUCUCGACCUGCGACAGAACGCCGCCUCCAGCUGGCAUCCGCCGAGGGAGUUCACUAGACGGCAGCAAGCAGAACCCGAGCGGUACAGCUCUAGCAAGACGUCCGUGUCGUCGGGUAGCAGCAAGCAUCGCGCGCCGCACGAACACAGUUUCAUGCGACUGUCGUCCGCCAACGAGCAGGAUAAUAUCGCCGCAGUGAACUACAAAAUGAAAUGCGUUAAGCUAGAGCCGGUCUUAACUGAACCCAACGUGCAGAAACAUAAUCAGCGACUCGAAAGAAAUUCUACUCCUCGAGAUAGAACAAAAUCGAAACGUCACAAGCAGCCCGUCGAGGACGAGGUCGCGUUGGAGGGCGAGGAGGAGGACGAGGAAGGGGGCGGGUCCCCGUUGUACUGCAACUGGGACCUGCGCGGCAUGCAGCAUCUCCUGCCGCUGCAGGACUAUAUACUGCAGCAGGCUAAGCUCUCCAGUCGUGGGCGAUACGGCGCGUCGGAAUCGGACGGGGAGUCCGGCACGUCGCGCUCGCGGUCCGGCUCCGAGCGGUCUCUCUCUGGUCACGAGCCGGACAACGAGUCGUCGGACGGCGGCGCGCGUACGCCCGAUGAUGAUGACGGCUCCGGCGUAUACCUGCCGCAUUCGUAUACGCAGCGCCCGCCUGACGUCGAAUACAUGAACCAUGGAGUUUCGUAUUACAAUACCUUCGUCGGGUUUGAGAGAGACCGCCAGCCGUCGCCCGGUAUACAUAGGACAUCAUCACUCGGCGGCGGCGCGGCAACGGGCGAGGCGCACGGCGCGGCGGGCGGCGCGUUGUACAGCCCCGUGCGUGCGCACCCGCAGCACGCGCACGCACCGCCCGAGCAGGACAUCGAGAUAUUCGCCAAGGACAACCUCAACUUUAACAAGGGGAUAUUCAGGAGGAAGGCUUCAGUGCGAGAUAUGCUUUCUUGGACAUCGUCGUCGAUUAGCGCGCCGAUGGUGGGCGUGGCGUGGGACAAGGCGCAUAAGAAGGCGGCGAUCGACCUGUUCCGCCUAGUACAGAUAUACAUGGGUGACCGCAAGGCUCGACCCGGCAUGACGCUCAACUCCGUCGCGCAGGAUAUACUGCACGCUACUUUCGCCAAUGAGAAACUCCGGGACGAGCUAUACGUGCAGCUCUGCCGACAGACGACGGAGAACCCGCUCCGCGACUCGCUGCUGCGCGGCUGGGAGCUGCUGUCUGUGUGCCUGGCGUUCGUCCCGCCCUCGCCCGCCUUCCAGCCAGCGCUGACCAACUACGUCAACAGGCAUCGAGAUCCGGCUUUCGCUGAUUGUUUCCCGGAGAUUGGGAAAUGGCCUAUUCACAUUCAAGUGUCACAUUACGCGAGUGUCGCCUGCAAGAGACUGGAAAGGAUCGGGUGUGGCGGUAAAAAGCAGCCCAGAAAACCGAGCACCGAGGAUAUUGAUCAAGCUAGGAUACAAAUCUUCAGACAGUCAAUGUUUGGCAACACGCUAUCAGAGGUAAUGGCGCUGCAAAAGGAGCGUUUCCCGAACAGGCAACUGCCGUGGGUGCAGGUGGCGUUGUCGCAGCAGGUUCUGGCUCUCAACGGCAAGGAGACGGAGGGGAUAUUCCGAGUGUCGGCUGAUGUUGAUGAAGUCAACGCACUGAAAGCUAAGAUCGACAACUGGGAGCUACCUGACGCGUCUACGUUGACAGACGCGCACGCGCCCGCCAGCCUGCUGAAGUUGUGGUACCGCGAGCUGUACGAGCCGCUGAUCCCGGACUCGCUGUACGGCGCGUGCGUCGCCGCCGGACACGACCCCGCCGCCUGCGCGCGCGCCCUGCAGCGCCUGCCACCGCUCAACCGCCUCGUACUUACGUAUCUAGUGAGCUUCCUCCAGCAGUUCUCCGCUCCUGAGGUGGUGAGUCAGACCAAGAUGGACUCGUCCAACCUGGCGAUGGUGUUCGCUCCCAACUGCCUGCGCUGCACGGCGCAAGACCCGCGCGUCAUACUGGAGAACGCGCGGAAAGAAAUGACCUUCAUGAAGACUCUCAUCACCAACCUCGAUACAUCCCACGUGCAGGAUCUCCUGUGACCAACGAAUCUCAACUAUAACAACAAUGUUAUACGUCAGGAAUACUUCUAAAUCCUAGUAAUGUUAUGUGGCUACGCGGCUGAGCGACGCUUGAUGAAAUUGUAUGAGAUCGCACUAACCGGCUAUGAGUCCAGUGUGCUCAAUCAAAUGGCAUUCUCAAGAUUGGAGAGAUGUCAAAAAUGUAUGAGAUUUGACACAACGCAUCGCUCAGUUGUGGCGUAGUUACGUCUAGUGUGGUCCUACCUUUAGGAUGACUUCUAGUUAACCCUUCGUAGCUCGCGCGAUCAAGUGACCUAUCCUCUGUAUGCCGAAUUCCAGUGUCAAUUGACGACGGUAUACGCGUACUCGUGUAACAUUCUUGUAUAUUUUUUAUAUUUUUGUACGCUAUGUAAUUUUAUUUGGUAGAAUCCAAAGAUAUUUAAUGGAACGUGAUUGCGAAUGUUCGCUAGGGCGGCCGCCCGCGUUCGUGUGUUUGUUAUUUAGUUUUUGUUUGUGUGUAUGAAAGGUUAUGUUUAAGUUUUAAGGCGCACUGUACUAAAACGGUACGAUUUGCAUAACACAUUGGACUCUAACAAGCUCGGCUUAACUCUUUAAUCUCAAAUUAACAUUUUACAGCUAAGUGUUAAUGAAAAAAAAUAUUCAUAAGAAAUAUUUAUCUCGAAAUUAAAGAUAAUUACGAUUUUCAUUGUAUUGCUUGCAAACGAUGACUAGAAGAUAACACCAUUAUAGAAUUACCAGAGCUAUUUGAUAGUGUAGUUCCUGAAAACAUAGAUUUAUAUACAUAUUAGGUAAUAAAAAUUAUGAAAUUUGACAGUUUUUGGCGACAGACUGACUUGUGACGCCAUAGACAAAACGCCAAUGAAAUCAUUCGAAUUUAAAUAUUACUGUUCGGCAGCUAAAUUUUAAAUGGUAUUUUGUGGACAGUAUUUUUUUGGUCACAUUUUAAAGCACAUGGGAUUUAAAGGCCAAAUGACGUUAAUAAAAUAUCAUGGUGAUGAUUCAAGCUAAAGAUAUUAUGAACAAAAAUCACACUGAAAAUACUCAUAUUAUCUCAUAAUAUUUUACAUACUCAUACAUAUCUUAUAUUUUGCUUUAGUCUGAGCAUUUAAACCAUAUUAUUUUUGUACACUUUAUUACUGGUUGUAAGUUACCUUUUCUAUGAUGCAUUCCUUUAUGCACAUAUCUAUAUUACAAUUAACUUUACGUUUACUUAAUUAAUUGUUGUGAUAUAUUUCGUGUGUCGACGCAUUUCCGUACCUGUGUAAGGGUGCGUUUCCAUUGAAGCGGAGCGGAGCUUAGCGGUGCCCGAAUUGACCAAUCGUGCUAUU